AUGAGCUCUCAGCCAGAUGCGCCGGGUGGUACGCCCCAGGGCGAGAGACCGCAACGAAAGAGUUUGACCAAUAUAUUCUCCAGGGCUCGAACAGUGCUCCGGCGCAGUGAAAGCUCUACAAAGCAGAGGGAGCAGCGUGAUCCAGCCUCCGAGACGGGCGGUGCCUCUGAGCUGCCUGAGAAAAUGUUCGUACCAAAACCCUCCCGAACUUGCGCUGCUACCGGCUCUGCUAACACUUUGAGCAGGCCAGCUCCGGCUCUGACCAAGGCGCAGGAGGCUCGUGCCAGGUACGAGGCCAUGCAGGGCGUCUCACGCCUGUCCAAGUCCGAGAUCUUCGAGGAGCGAGCCAAGAAACUGGGCGAGCGCUUCGGUAUCGAGCUCAAGCCGGCCGAAUGGCAAAAGUCCAUGGCCAACGACACCGUGCUGCGGACAGACAAGCCCAUCCGCAUGCGCGUUCGUCGAACCUGCCACAAGUGCAACGCCUCCUUCUCGGCGGCCAAGGAAUGCCCCAACUGUCAGCACGUCCGUUGCACAAAGUGCGCGCGCUACCCCCCGAAGCGCACCGAGGCCGAGAUCAUCGCCAGUCGCGAGAAGAAGGCGGCCAUCCUCAAGGCCAACAAGGAGAACGCACCCAUCACCCCUGACUGGGACAUUGAUGAGAAGGAGGGGGAAGUGCUUCUCACGCGUCCAGCCAGGAAGGGUGGGUACGAUCUCGUCUACAAGAAACCCCGCCAGCGUGUGCGGCGCACAUGUCACGAGUGCCAGACGCUCUUUGCCGCCGGAAGCAAGUUGUGUGCAAGCUGUGACCACGUCCGUUGCACGGACUGUCCGCGCGACCCGCCCAAGAAAGACAAGUAUCCCUUUGGGUACCCAGGCGAUGUCUUUGGUCCCAACAGUAUUCCGCGCUUCGAGUGCGCCAAGUGCACGACUUUGCAUCCUGAAAAUGUUCAGGAUGGGACCAAGUGUAAGGUCUGUGGCCUGGAGAAGUCGGACGCAAGCCCACGGGCACAGCCGCGCAAGGUUGAGCCCGAGCCUGAUCCUGAAGUUGUGAAGAGGCUGGCGGCGCGCCUGGCUACACUCAAUGUGAGCACAGGUGCCUGA